CCGGCUUGAGCGAGCGAGCGGGGCUUCGGGCCGCGGAUCGGAGCUCGGCGCGCGAUGGCUCCCCGCGGGAGGAAGCGGAAGACCGAGGCGGCGGAGGCGGCGCCGGCCGAGAAGCAGGAGAGAGCGGGCGCGGAGCCGCAGCGGGUGGCGGAGCCCACGGUGGUCAUCGAGCACUGCACCAGCUGACGCGUGUACGGGCGCCACGCCGCGGCCCUGAGCCAGGCGCUGCGCCAGGAGGCCCCGGGGCUGGCGCUGCAGGUGAACCCCGCCAAGCCGCGCAGGGGCAGCUUCGAGGUGACGCUGCUGCGCCCGGACGGCGGCCGCGCCGAGCUCUGGGCCGGCCUCCAGAGGGGGCCCCCGCGCAGGCUCAAGUUCCCGGAGCCCCAGGAGGUGGUGGCGGCGCUCCGGAAGCACCUGGCCUAG